AUGGAUUACGAUCCGUCAGUGAUCAUGGAAAAUACGUCGAGCUGUCAUACACGUGGUGCUAUGUACAAAAACAAAGGCAUGACCUCCGAGGAAAUGAGGAAACGCAGGGAAAACAAUACUGUGAGAUUGAGAAAAGAAAAGCGUGAGGAUGAGUUGUAUAAGAGGAGAAAUAUUCGCCUUACUGACGAGUUACUUGCAGAAGACAUAGAUGUCGAGGAAAACUUACUGGAAGUAUUUAGCGAGGAAAACUUAAGAGAUUUGUUUUCUGAUGAAGUUGUAUGUCAGGAAAGAGCUGUUGCUGCGUUCAGGAAGGUCCUUGAGCUAGAUAAACGAAAUGCUCCAAUAGAGGAAACUGUUUCUCUAGAGCUUGUCCCUCGGUUUGUCGAGUUCAUUCAUGAAGGAGGAACACUUAAUCUCAAAAGAGACGCGGUUUCAGUUUUGGGUGUUGUUGCAGCAGGAUCUUCAGCACAUACCGAUUCUGUUGUACAAACUGGUGUUAUUCCAACCCUGAUUUCCCUCCUUUUCAGCGAUGAUCGAGAGUUGCGUGAUAGGUGUGUACUAGCUAUCGGCAAUAUUGCUGGCGAUAAAAGUGUCAAUCGCGAUUUAUGCAUAAAACAUUGUGCCAUUCCUGCUCUUAUCCAGAUACUUAAUUCUAGCGAAAAUACCGAUGAAUCUGUUAAUGCUGUGUGGGCAAUAUCAAACCUUUGUUCUGGCAAAAAUCCUCCUCCGGAUUUUGAUAAGGUUUCUAUUACAUUACCUUCCCUUUCAAAGCAGCUGUUUAGUCAGGACCCCAGUAUGCUUGCAUUGUCUUGCCGUGCAAUUGGAUUUUUGAGUGAUGGGCCUAAUGAGAAUAUCGAAUUUGUUGUGCAGUCGGGAGUGGUUAGAAGAUUGGUGGAGCUGUUAAUGCAUCCUAAUUUGCGAGUGUCUACUGCAGCUCUGAAAGCUGUGGGUAAUAUUGUUACCGGGAACGACGAGCAAACUCAAGCUGUACUGAGCUGUUCUGCACUUAGCUGUCUGCAUAAGUUGCUUGUGAAUGGCAAGGAGACUACUAAAAGAGAGGUGUGUUAUACACUUUCAAAUAUUCUUGCGGGCAACAGAAAGCAGAUACAAGCAGUCAUAGAUGCUCAUAUUUUGCCUCCACUUAUUCAGGCAUGUUGGGCGAUUUCAAAUGCAUUAAAAGGUGGUAGUGGUACUCAGGUUGCCACAAUAGUCCGUGAAGGAGCGGUCCUUCCUUUAUGUGAUUUGCUGACUGUAAUGGAUCCUUGCAUCAUUAAAAUAGCUCUUAGCGCUCUUGCUACUAUACUGGAACACGGCGAGAAUAUUAAAAAUAAAACUAAAACGGGUACCAAUCCCUACUGCGUACUAAUUGAGGAAGCGAAAGGUGUCGAUAAAUUUGAAUUUUUGCAGCAGUAA